GCGCAGGAAUAACCGCCAGGGAGCCGGGAUCUCAAGCGGCACUGAUGAGCUUCUCCUCUCCCACUCCGUGAAGUCCCUUCCUGCUGCGUCGGUGGCAACGGUCGCCACGACUCAUUAAAACCCCGCGAAGGGAUCGCGUGGGGCCGAGAUCCUGGGCGCUUGUCCUUUUCGCCUCCUCCUCCGAGUAGGGUAAAUUUAACAAGACGGUCACGGACGAGGUUCAAAAUCGGGAGCUUCCCAAAGGGAUGAUUUUAAUCCCGGCAGGUUGCCUGGUAACCCGGUUAGGCGCUGUCCUUAGCACUGGAUCGUGAGCUGCUGUUCCACGUUUUACUUAACGCCCGCCCAGGUGAAGGGCAGCACGGAGUGGACUGUGGAGGGGUUGAGAAAGUUAAGCGGGUUCUUCGGACCUGCUUCGUCCUCGUAGUGGAAACUAUAUCUGAAGAAACCGCUGAGAAAUCACUUCCAUUCUGCGGGGAGAAAACAGUAGGAGUAACAGUUCCCUGGAGUACAUGACAGAAAACUUUUAAAGUUUUCUGUAGAGGAAAUGAUAAUUUUUCCUUUUGGCUAUACUGUUUUUGUUUUAAGAUUGAAUUUACAACACUAUGCCCAUUUUAAAAGUGCCGGUGCGUUAUAACUUUGGCAUUGUGUCCCAUGAUGAGCAUGAAAAGCUUCAUCGGAGACUGGUGACUGAAUAUCUGAAAAAAGGGUUGGCUGAUUUCAAGAUAAAACCACGUAGAAAUCCAUUUGAACUUACUGAAGAAUUCAUUGAGAAUUUCAAUAAUGCCUCAGAAACAGAAAGAAAGGAAGCAUUCAUAGAUCUGGCUAAAAAAAUGCUUGUUAGAUGCAAGAGACGAUUGGGUCUCAACAUAUUAGGUUGUGGGAAGUAUGUGAAUCUUCCAGUCGCAUGGACCGAGGCAAUAAUGUUAUCGCAGUGCAAAGGAGAAAUUAGUGAAGAAGCUCUUGAGAUUCUUGGAAUUUCAUUGGAUCAUGCCCCCAUUGCUCCAGAACACACCACUAUUUUAUUUUUUGUAGCAGAAUGCAUUUUGUAUAAACUCUGUUAUGACGCAGCACAGAAACCGUAUCUAUUCUCAUGUGAAAUCAAAUUGUUGAAGCUUGGGUUUUUAGUCUUUUUAAGACUACUGCUGCUAUAUUUAUUUGGUUACCAGAGGUAUUCCGAAGAACACAAAUACAGGCUUCAGACUGGCUUGAAAGCAUUAGCAGCAUGUGAAAUGUGCUAUCAACUUUACCCAAACAUCCUUUUUAUGGUGCAAUUUAUGCUGAAGGCUGGAGAAAUUAUCUGUGAAACAGCAGUGGUUUCUGAAUCACAAUUAGAAUCCCAGGAAAAUUUAGAAGAAAUGGAGGAAAAAGCACUUCAUGACACAACAUCCACAACUGCCAGCUCAGCAGCUGAGUCAAAUUCCAAACAAAAGCAAUUCAGAAUUAAGCCAUUUCUUUGGCACAGCCUUCUUGUUUGGGUUUGUGUACAUAAUAGCAGCUCUGAAAUAGAUGCAGUCCUCAUGCAUGUCCUAUUCUAUAAGGAACAGCUUCAUCAAAAAAACUGGUUGGAAUCAGUACUGGCCUUGAUGGUACUGGGAGAAAGUGCCAAAUUAAAUAUGUCAUGUCUGAAAAUUUUAAUGGACCUAGUAAAAUAUUUUAUUUCAAGCUCUGUGCCUCUUCAAAAACAGGAAAAGAGUAACAAGAAAAAGAUGUCAUGUUGGCACUGGCAAAUCGGAUACAUAUAUACAAAUAUCCUCAGAGAAAUCUGUUUGCAUGGCAUUAAUGCAGAUUUACAAAAAACCGCUUUUCUUGGAUUCUGUGACUGUGGAAAGGAACAUGAGAACGACAAAGAAUUAAGAGGAGCAAAUUUUCCUGAUCUUUUGAACUUCUGCCUUCCAUCUGAUGACUAUAAUGAUCCCUUCUGGGUUAUACGUUACGGUGUGAUCUACAAUCUUGUUAUCCUGCGUAGUGAACUCUUGGGAGAUGUGAAUCGAGAAGGAUUAAGAAAUGCUGUCUGGCGAACUUUACAAAAACAAAAGGGUACUGAAAAGGAUGAUCGCGUCCUGGAUGCAGCAAAAGUAGCAGAGGUUGAAGCCAAAGGUCAAAUAAACACUUCCCUUUCAUCAAAAGAGCCAUCAAAUUCUACUUAUCUCUUGUCAUCCCAAUGCAUUGGUUGGAGAGUCACUACUGCCAUGUGCCAUCAUUUCCUGCCACCCAUUGGCCCUAAUAUCCCUUUGUCUCAUCUGCCUGAGCGGAAACCAGUAUUAUUGCCACAUCAAAAAUUGGAGCCAGUUACAGAGAAGAAAACCAAACGCUUGUCUUUAAGGGAAGAACUUUUGCAAGCUGGUGUACCAAAAUAUCCAUAUCCUGAUUACCUUACACGUACUGAUAUGGAACUAAGGAGAAUCAUAAAUGCUCAGUGGAAAAGGGAAUUGCAGAUCAGGCUUCAGCUAGAAGAGAAACUCCAAGAAUUAGAGCGUCAAGCAAAGGAAAAGUUGGAAGAGGAACACUUCAGGCAAAUAAUGAUAUGGCGCUUAGAAAAGCUGCACAAGACAACCAGGCCAUACGAACUGCCCUUUAAACAUGAAGACACAAAAGCAGCAGAAGCAAGCAGCAGCACUCAGCUGUCAAAUGUAUAACUGUCAGAAACAUGGAAACCAGCUGUGUAAAAAGAUAACUACACCCUAAAGGCAAAUAUAUGUAUUAAAGCUUCUUUCCCCCUCUCACACUCUUUUUUUUUUUUGAGUUAAAGCUCUGCAAUAUUGAGUAAUGAAAUGUGGAUAAGAAAGUGCUAAAGCCAUAAUUGCUGCUGUAUUCCUGAUUGCAGUUGCUUCUCCAACAGUUUUUCAUUGUGAUGUUCCACAUGUGUGUUUAUAAGAAUAAAAAUAUAUCAGAAAUCCUAUGAGGGAAGUUAGACCAGCUUGAGAGUGUUUUUGCAUAUAAACACAGAAGAUGAGGAAAAGGUGAGGCACUGCCUCUCAUCUUAGCAAGGCAGCUCAGCAAGACACUGUCUUCAGUUUCAUAACACUGAUACGUAAUGAUUAAUUGAAUUGUCUCCCAUGAAAUAUGGGGAAUCUCUUUCUGGAAUAAUAAUUUUCUGAAACUAGUGUUUCUGGAUUACAUCACACCUUUGUUUUUGUUACUGUUUUGGCAUAAUCAGAUAUUCUAAACAAUGUCAAGAAAAACCACCUGAAAAUUGCUUAGUAAUAUCUUUAUCCAAUGGUCUCUCUGUUGCCAUUAAAUUCUUCCUAAUCUUAUAUUCUCCUCUCAUUACUUUGUACUUACACAAAGCCUUUCCUUCCUCUCUACAUAAUUGUGCUACCAAUUUUGCCAUAUUGCUUUCUUUUUAUUUGUGGAUAUUUUAUGCAUUUAUCCAAAUUUGUAUGAUGCUCGUUCAAGCAAUUUAAGGCAUAUUCUCUAAUGUAUAAACCUGCUGAAAGCAA